GAAGUGGAGUCCGAGAUGUCAGCCCUACGAGCUAGCUCCAUGUCCAUAUAUCAGAGGACCUUCUACAUGAUAACUACAGUAUAGUCACAAAAAUCCCACAUGGAAAAUCCCGUGGAAACAUACAUCGUCGGGAAGGGAGUACCGGUGACGAAUUGCUAACCAAGGUUUUACUACAGUUCGGUGACUUCAUCGUUUGACUAUUUACCUCAGGAGGUCACUUUUGAAGGCUUUCUACAAAAUUCGCAAUCAUGCAUCCCCACGAUACGGACGUUCACACCAUCUCGCCGGAGCUGCCCGCCAUGUUCGACGGCAUGAAGCUGGCCGCCGUGGCCACGGUGCUCUACAUCCUGGUGCGCUGCCUGAACCUCAAGAGUCCCACGGCGCCGCCCGACCUCAUCUACCAGGACACGCCCCUCAACCGCUUCCUCCUCAAGUCCUGCCCCCAGCUCACCAAAGAGUACAUUCCUCCCUUGCUCUGGGGUAAGAGCGGCCACCUUCAGACGGCCCUGUACGGAAAGCUGGGGCGGGUGAGCUCCCCUCAUCCCUGUGGAGUCCGGAAGUUCCUGCCCAUGCAGGACGGAGCCACGUCCACCUUUGACCUCUUUGAGCCGCUGGCUGAGCACAGGACAGGAGGCGACAUCACCAUGGUGAUAUGCCCCGGCAUCGGUAACCACAGCGAGAAGCACUACAUCCGGACCUUUGUGGACUACUCCCAGAGGGAAGGCUACCGCUGUGCCGUGCUCAACCACCUGGGGGCUCUGCCCAACAUAGAGCUGACGUCGCCCAGGAUGUUCACCUACGGCUGCACAUGGGAGUUCUCCGCCAUGGUGGGCUACAUUAAGAAGGCCUACCCUCAGACCCAGCUGAUCGUGAUCGGCUUCAGCCUGGGAGGAAACAUAGUGUGCAAGUUCCUGGGGGAGAACCGGAACAACCAGGAGAGAGUCCUCUGCUCUGUCAGCGUCUGCCAGGGCUACAGCGCUCUCAGGGCCCAGGAAACAUUCCUACAGUGGGACCAGUGUAGACGGUUCUACAACUUCCUCAUGGCCGACAACAUGAAGAAAAUCAUCCUCUCACACAGGGAAAGUCUCUUCGGCGGGACCUCGUCGAAAAGGAUCGACGCAGACCUAAGUCGGCUGUACACGUCCACUUCCAUCAUGCAGAUAGACGACAACAUCAUGAGGAAAUUCCACGGCCACAGCUCCCUCAAAGAAUACUACGAGAAGGAGAGCUGUGUCCAUUACAUCCACAAUGUGAACGUGCCGCUGCUGCUGGUAAACUCGGCGGACGACCCCCUGGUCCACGACUCACUGCUCACCAUUCCUCGCACGCUAGCAGAGAAGAAGCAGAACGUGGUGUUUGCGCUGACUCUGCACGGGGGCCACCUGGGCUUCUUCGAGGGGGCGGUGCUCUUCCCCCAGCCCCUCACCUGGAUGGACAAGGUGAUCGUGGGCUACGCCAACGCCAUGUGCCAGUGGGACAAGCAGAAGCCCCCCUGCCAAAAAAGUGCCACCGGCAGCCCCCCGCAAGCAGAGGGCGGCUGUGCCGAGGAGAAGGCCUGAGACACACACACACACACACACACACACACACACACACACACACACACACACACACACACACACACACACACACACACACACACACACACACACACACACACACACACACACACACACACACACACACACAGACACACACAGAGUCUCUGCGUGUGUAGAUUCUGGUCCUUUAGUGGUCACUACUGCCCCCCCCCUCCCAGGCCCUGGCCUUGGCCUCCCCCCAUCCCCACCUGCAGAACACGCGUGAUACUAAUGAUAAAGGGGCAAACUAAAACCAACUGCCUUGGUGCUCUUUAUAAUCGCGAGUGGAUCCCAAUCGGAUUUUAGGGAAACACACACACACACACACACACACGCACACAUACGCCUACGCUCAUCAUCCCGGGACGUGGAUGUGUUGACCAAAUACAAAAUGCACACAUAACUGAGGAAGUCUGCGAUCUACAUGCCAUACUGUUGCCAUACCAUGACCCCCAUUCUACACCACCGGUUCCAAAACCUUGUUGGCGAACCACACGUGGAAACAAGCCCAUUCCUGCACCCCUUCCGCUCUGGGCACGGGGCGACACAUUGAGGACCGCCCCCCCCCCCCCAGCGGAGGACCUCUGCUGUGCGACACCAUUUCACCGUUCUAUAUAUAGUCAAUAGUCAAUAUUUUUGUACCUCGAGAGAAAAAAGCAUCAACGCAUACAAUGGCUGAUACAUAUCCAACGUGUUCUCGGUAUCCUAGCGAUCUGUAAGAGGGGUUCUGGUGGAAGCCACAGGCUCAGACCGUACAAGUCAAACCAAGAGCACAUAAGAAGACUCAUUCCGUCUUAAACAUCCUGUAUGGAGCUCACUACUUCUCUACGCCAUGGCUGUACGCCUAGUUUUCUGCGUGUGCGUGCGUGUGUGUGUGUGUGUGCGUUUUUUCUGUGCGUGUCUUUGUCGUUUCACGCCUGAGAGUGCGUGACCCAAUCUCACCAUGAAACCCGUGUCCAUCAUGGUGAAUUUCAACUACUAAGUGGGGGUGGGGGUGGUGUGUUGUUGUGGGAGUCUCCCACCGCUGUCUGCCACAGUCUGGCCCAGUGCCAUGUUAACGACCCCCUGAAGCAGACAGGCUCUCCAGACCCGGCCAGGGAACGUAUAUAUGCAAUGCAGGGUUUCCCCCGCGCAUUCCGACUGCGUUUUAUUUAAUGUUCUUUCCUUUUCAUCACGUUCGACCUUCAAUGCACUUUAUUGCUCUGUUGAUACGACGACUUUAUUUCCUCGUUUUGGUGUUUUAGUUGUCUUUUAUUAAGUUUUGUUUUUUCCAAGGCGGCCGUUCAUGCUUAAUCAGUUGAGAUUGCCGUCGGUGUAGUUCGAUGUCCCCCAUCGCUACGGCGACGAGGGAGGUAUACGGGGAGGAAAGGAGAGGUUUGGCUGCUGUUAUGAGUGCAGAGUCUUCCGAUGACCCCAUGCCACGCCCCCACACCUCCACCCCACGUGUGUUCCAACCAGAGGACCAUAUGUGCUCCUCUCGGAUUUUCUGUUUUUCUUCUCCUUGAGCCCGUCUGCUCUUUCACCCACCAUUGACCGGCGCCAGCGUCAAAGCAGGCGAAGGAGUGCUCGACUAGUGCUCUGCUACUGCCCUGCCGGAGCACAGAGGACAGCUCACUGGCACCCCCCAGUGGCCGCCCGUCAUGCUCCCUAACCCCGCACCAUACAACCCUCCCCCCGAUCCCAUCGCCCAUGUGUUCUGAGAGAUCAUAUCUCUGGAGCGCGGGCCGUUGUAAAGUGUGCAGCGCACACCUUGUGGGGGAAAGUGCAGGUUUUCCGUGGCGGUCUUGUCAUGAAUUAGUUUUUAGUCACUUCUUUUUGAUCUGAGCUGUGAGGUGCUGUGAAGAGCGGUAAAGAGGCCACUGGAUACCCGAUCGCCGUUGAGCCAAAUGUUUGACUCUAGUUCAGUAGUUGUCAGAAUUAGUGGGGAUUUGUACAGUUUUGUGUGUGUGUGUGUGUGUGUGUGUGUGUGUGUGUGUGUGUGUGUGUGUGUGUGUGUGUGUGUGUGUGUGUGUGUGUGUGUGUGUGUGUGUGUGUGUGUUUGUGGCUUAAGGUUACUUUUGCGAGUGAGGACACCACUGAAUUGUUGUCCCUUUAUUUCAACCAGGCCGAUUUAGUCAAGGAGUCGCCCCACCUUCCCAGCCGGCGUGCACAGCAGGUUUAUCCAAGUUUUGGAGUUUCAUUUUUUUAUUAUUUUUUUAAAAAUCGAUCUUGCAAACGGUGUUCUAUUAAAAAAAAUCUAGAGUUAAGUAUUCAUAUGCUGCAUAAGAAAAUAUUCAAGCAAGAUACAAAUAAGAAAACGCUCUACUGUGAACACUGAUUGGACCGGUCUAAUGCCGGGACAAUCAACGCGGCUACAAACCGCUUCUGAACUGCUGCUGUUCGCCAAGUCAAUAUGCAGAACUUGAAAUAGUAUUCAUUUUCUUGUUUGGAAAUUGUGUUUGCUCAUUUGUAGCAAGCGCUAACCGUAGAUGAAUUCAGACGGGUGUUUUCAGAUGCUCAACUGCUAUAUCCUAUUCCUGGUCAGACUCUUUCACGUGAGGUCUGUCCUUCUGCCUUUUGAAUCUUCUAAUCUGUAUUGCGCCACCCGUAGGUAGGGAGUGGCAACUGUAACGUCUUAAACAUGCUGAUGGCAUCAUCCAGUCAUGCAGUUCCAAUCCAUAAGGGUUCAGUUGGCAGUUCACAGCAAGUCUAAGUCAGAUUGGUUUACUGCUUUAUUUUUUUAAACACCAGCACGCCCCGCUGUGGUGCCACAACGAAAGUUGAUUGUGUUUUUUAUUUAUUUUUUUAUUUUCUUAUUUCUUUGGAGAACUAUGACUCCCCAUAACUUUGCACAAUGAUGCAGGUUUGGGUGUGUUGGCUACGAUCGUUCGUUUUCUAUGUUAUUAUUUUGUGGGGUUUUUGUACUAAAUAUUGUUAUCGUGACUAAUUGUGUUAUUAUUAUUAUUGUCCUGUUUGAAAAACAUCAGAGUGGGAGUAUUAUGAAGAUAGACAUAGCUGUGUUAUGUCAAAACACCACAUCUUGAUAACCAAACCAAAACUCGUCUUCACUUUAAGAUACCUAUUGAAAUGUACUAAAAUCUAUACAAAUCUCUAUAUAGCAUACAGUAUAUAUAUAUAUAAAAUAGAAUAUACAUUUAAAUAUUUGAGGGACCAGGGAUUAUCAAUACUGGCAAUAACGGAAGGAUUGGAAGGGUUUUCUUAUGCCAAUCCUUUAUGUAAUAAAACCAACUGUGUCAAAAGUGUUUUAGAAAGAUACUAAUGCCUGGAGCUUGUUGUUUUCAUUUGUUUCUCAUGUUUUUUUUAUGAGAAUUGGAUUGUGAUUUUUUUCUUUCCAUUCAUAUAAAACAGUUUUAACCCUAGCCCCGGUCCACCUGUAUAAUUAAAACCUAGGGCCGUGUGUUUUCUGCAUUGGACGUUGCAAGAGAUGUGUCUUGACGUGUUAAAUCAACGUCUUGUAGUGUUUGGAAUUAAUUCGGGAUUUAGGAGACCUUUUUAACAAUGUUCUCUCAAUGCGCUGUCUCCCACCUGGACUCUUCCACAGGUCCACUUUUGAGUUUACAAGACAUUCUGUGACGUUCUGAGAUGGUUAUGUGCUGUGGCGUUUGGGGAAGGGAUAGAAACGGACGAUAUUUUCAUGCAUCUCUCAUGAACUCUGGUCACUGGUGUAAUUUGUUUAGGGAACCAAAUGCUUUGUGGCGUACUGAUUUUGAGAGAAUAUGGGUAUUGUGUUAAAAAAAAAUAAACUAUUUUCUCAAAAGAAAAAGGUUUCUUGCACUUUACUACUUUGUCGUGGUAAUAUUUAUGAGUUUGACUUAAAAAAAGAUAUAGCUAUUAACUGAUAUCAUUUAUAAAGAUAUCGGUAUCAGAAACUUUCAAACACGUUUUAUACUCAAUAUACUCAACACUUGUGUUGGAAAUGAUUUUACAGCGAUAUUGUAAUAUUGCAUCGUUAUCUGGGAACAACUAAUUUAUAUUGGUUUAUAGAGCAUUGAACAUUUGCACGAUUUAAUAUUCUUGCUAAACAUACAUUUGUAUUUUAUUGGACAUUGAAUAAGGCUGUUUCAAAAAGGCAAAAACGUGCACGGCAAUGCAAAGUUUGACCCUUGCCUAAUCUAACCAAGGAUAUUCUGCUAAUCAAAUAUUAUUCUACAGUUCUUCCAAGACCCUCAUAUUAAGGACUCUGCUAACACCAUCUAGGUGUUCAGCUUUCCUACCGAGUCGAUAAAACACUAUUUUAAGGCAACACUUGUUUCGAGUUAUAUUUCUAACUGUUCCUUACUACCACCAUUUUACUGGUUUUGUACCGCAUCCAGGUUCAACCCAUCUUUCAACUUUCAUAUUCCGUUUUACUUUUCCUCAGUCUCGAUAUAUAUAUAUUUUUUACAAACAUCCCUUUUGCCUCAAAUAUUGACCACUUGUAAAAAAAAAAAAGAAGAAAAUCUAAUUCAAUUCUAGAUGCAUUUUUUUUUGCCAUUGAAUACAUGUUUUAGGUGAAGGGGGAAAUGGCAAGGAUAGUUGAGAACAGAGAGAGAAAAGGCAAGAAGCAUCCAGAUGUCAGGGCACCGUGGGUACAACUGGAGGGCGUGGUUCCCGCCUGGUGUUCUGAGGUGUUUAACCAGUGCAUGUUCAGAGAGCAGUGUCUUCAGAACCGAAGAUCUUGGAGGCCACAGCCUUGUAGUCAGUGACGGGAGCUUUUCCAUCAAAGUCUGCUGGCAGCAGGUUCGCAUCGAAAUCCUUGAAGAAGCCGUCCAGCUCAUCGCCGUGGACAAACACCUGUGGUGAGUUAUGGGAUGGAUUUAGAGGCGCCGAGUCUAACAGGUUGAAAACUACUAAUGAUAACAU